CUAACAAUGUUGUGUCUUUCACCAACAUUGCUGUUUCAUUCAAUUAAUAAUUGUUUGGGGACCUCUUGUGAUGACAUUAAGUAAUUAGUGGGUCGUUCACCUAUUACCGGCGAAAAAUCACCCAGCAGAGAAGUUUAUCUGAUACUGAGAGGGGUUAGGUACAAUGUGCUACAGCAAACUGAGCUUUUUACUAACUUAAUACUUAGUAUUUAAGUACUUAGUAACUUAGUGGAGAUCUCGAAGACUGGAGGUGGUGGAGGGGGAGAGGUCCUCGCCCAGGGCCUGGCUCAUGCCUUCCGCUGGUGCACCCAGCAUCCGUGGUGUCCCGGCGCCUGAGUGAAGGAGACCUCAGAAGAUUGUGUCCUGGGAGCACAGGGUCUAUGCAGAGAAACACACAGAGUAGAGGUGGUGGGAGUGUUAACAUUGUACCGUAGACUUGCCUCGGACUUGUGAGCGUCAGCCCGGGAUGUUUCCAGUGCGGCUCUCCGCUCUCGUAGCUGCUUCUCCAGUAGGUCAUGGAUCUGCUUCUUCAUGGACUCCAGCUCCAGCUGAACCAAAUGUUCAGCUCAAACCUGUCCUCACCUGAACUCACCUCACCUCAACUAUUAAUGACUUAUUCUGCAUGACCAUAUCUUAGAUAUGCACCCCAAACCUAAACUUAACAACUACCUUACUGACUAUAAUUAAGCAGAAAAUUAAGGGUUUGGGGCAACAGUCAAAAUUAAUAGUUAGUUAAUAGUGAGAAUUUGUCCCCAAACUAAAGUGUGACCCACAUAUUAAAUAUACAAAAAAUGUAUGAUGCGAGAAUUUUGUAUGUGUAUUUGUAAGAGUCAUGCUUAGAGGAAAGAAGAAUAUUGUUGCACGAAGUGCCAACAGCUCAGUUUAAGAUGCUGUUGACACAGUAUUUAAUUUACAAAGAACCCAUACCUACCCAAGCACUUCAAUUUCCUCAUGAUCCACAGAAUCUGGUAGACAGCUGUACAAAUCAACUCAAAACCAUAUUCUCCUUUCAGCUGAACUUUUUUUAUGUGAGAGAUUCCACUUUUAUCUGCUUACAAUAAAUGGAUGUGUAAUUAUUCAGUUAUUUAUUACUCUGUUCAGAUUGGAGCGCUGUAAACUCACUGGUCAGAGCUGUGAAUUUAUGGCAUCAGUUCAACAAUCAUCAAACUCCCGUCUAAUAGAGCUGGACAUGAGUGACAAUGAUCUGCAGGACUCAGGAGUGAAGCUGCUCUCUGAUGCACUGAAGAGCCCAAACUGUCAGCUGGAGAAACUUGGAUUGGCAGGCUGUUAUCUCACUGGCCAGAGCUGUGAAUUUGUGGCAUCAGUUCUACAAUCAUCAAACUCUUGUCUGAUAGAGCUGGACAUGGGUAGCAAUAAUCUGCAGGACUCAGGAGUGAAGCUGCUCUCUGAUGCACUGAAGAGCCCAAACUGUCAGCUGAAGAUACUGAGAUUGGCAGGCUGCAAACUCACUGGUCAGAGCUGUGAAUUUGUGACAUCAGUUCUACAAUCAUCAAACUCCUGUCUGAUAGAGCUGGACAUGAGUCACAAUGCUCUGCAGGACUCAGGAGUGAAGCUGCUCUCUGAUGCACUGAAGAGCCCAAACUGUCAGCUGGAGAUACUGAGGUUUGAGAUUCAGAUGUUUUUAUGUGAAUUUGAUCCACAUUAUGUAGGGAUGUAAAGAUUCACUCAUUGUCUCAAAUGCAUUGAUUGCAAAUCUUGAUUAGAUUAGAUUCAACUUUUUUGUCAUUGCACAUGUAAUGCCACAUUUCCGUCGAAAUUACCCAGAACAAUUGUACCAGGAACUUUUUUCCCCAGGAACUAUUUUCCCCCCAGACCUGUUGCUUUCUGCAUUUCCACCGUGGUCUAAAGUACCGUGAAGAUUAUGCAAAUAGUCUGGU